AUGAAUGAGGAAUCAGGGAUGCAAGUGAGGAAAGUAUGCCCGAAGAAAUCAAAUGAGAAUGGAGAUGGAUGGACGCAUCUGGACCUGAGUGCUCAGGGAAUAAGGAAUAUAUCGAAGGCACUGUUUGAUCUCACGUUUAUUCGGACACUGAAUCUGAUGGGCAACGAGAUAGAAGUGAUUCCGAGCGAGAUAUGUAACCUAAAGAAUCUUGAGUCGUUGAAUCUGAGCAAGAACAAGAUCAGAUGCAUUCCUGUAGAAAUGGGCAAGAUGGUGAGCCUGAAGGAGUUGGAUCUUAGUGACAACCUGAUUUCGAAUGUACCGAUGGAGAUAGGCACGUUGUACAAUCUUGAAGUUUUUGAGAUGUCGAACAAUCCGUUGAUAGUUCCUUUUAGCACGCUUGCCAAGGAAAAGAAGCUAUUGGCGUUUUGUAGGGAGCACAACACAGGAUACUCAUCACCAAGCGAUAGGUCAUGGAUGGAAUGUUCCAGUAGAAAUGCACUGCAUGGGGAUACAAUCAGCGUUGGAGUCUUCAAUAUUCUUUCAAAUGUUUAUGCAUCUAGACUUACAUAUGCGCCAUCGUGGGUGAUCAAUCCGGAUUUCAGAAGAGAAGGUGUUCUGCAAGAGAUUGUACUGUACAAUGUGGACAUAUUGUGCUUGCAAGAGAUUGAGCUGUACAAUUUUUUUGAUUUUUAUAAGGAGCAGCUUGAGAUGAGAUGCAGCUAUGAUUCGAUUAUAUAUCCUCGAGGACGGAUAAAAAAUGUUGCUGAAAAGAAGAAUGUUGAUGGAUGCGCAAUAUUCUGGAGGAAAAGCAAGUUCCGACUGAUUGAGCAGUUUCCUAUUGAUUUUUAUCAGACGAUGACACAAGAUCCUAGAUUUGAAGAAAACCAAAUGCUUCUUGCCAGGUACGGAAAAAAGGAUAAUGUUGCUAUUGCUGCGCUUUUAGAGAAGACGAAUGGGCAGCAAGUGUUGGUUGUGAAUACUCACAUAUUCUGGGAUCCUGAGUAUCCGGACAUUAAGUUGCUACAGACAAUGCUGCUAAUAGAGGAAAUUCAAAGGAUUAAGUCGAAGCAUCCAAAUGCAUUUGUAAUUGUACAGGGCGAUUUUAACUCUCUUAGAUGCUCGUCUGUGUACAAGUCUGUGACGACUCAUCAGAUGGACUUCGCAGACUUUGGAGAUAUUCAAUGCUAUCAAGGCAUAAAGAAGGAACGAAUGGGAUUGGGCAUGAAGGAUGCAUAUACAAAUGAAGACCUGGAGUUUACAAACUUUACUCCACAGUUCAAGGAUGUAAUAGAUUAUAUAUUCUAUGGUGAUAGAUUGACACUAACGUCUGUGCUGUCACCGGUAGAUAAUGAGUAUACAGAAAAGAUUGUGGGUCUUCCAAGCAUCCACUUUCCUUCUGAUCACAUUUUCCUGGGUGCAAAGCUUACGUUUCCGAAUAAGACGUCUGGAUCGAGUAUGUUUAAUAAGUCCUUGGCAAAAUAA